AUGGCGUCCCUCUCCGCGUAUGUCGUCCAGCAUCCGUCCGUGUAUCUCUACGUCGCGCCCGUCUUCGGGCUCGCAGCCCUCUCGGCCACGCCACCCCUCAUUCCUCUCGUCCUCCUGCUAACCACUCUCCACCUCCACGUCCACACGUUUCUGCCUCGCCGGAUGGCUGGGACCCAUGGUGUAGCCCAGGUCAUACUUUUAUCCAUGGCAGCAAGCAUUACGCAUUUCUCAGCUUCUGUAAAUGCUCUAUCAACACCUACAGUCUCAGUCGUUGUCUUGUGGUCACUCUCAGCCCUCACUGCCUUCGUAGCACUGUUCACAAUCGGUGUUUCGUUCUACGCCAACAGGUUUGCUCGCACCCCUUGGUCAAAAUUAACGUUAUUCCCGGCUGUCUGGGCUACUGCCUGGGCCGCCGUGUCACACAUCAGCCCUGUCGGCCGCCUCAUCACAUGGAGCCCAGUAACUGGACUUGGGAUGUAUGGUUGGCUCCGUCCAGUAUUUGGACAGUGGGGUCUAGACUGGGUAGUUGCCGCCUGGGCUGUUGUUUUUGCGGACACAAUCGGGCGGUGGUUGGUAGGUUCACCCCACGGUGAUUUUGACGACACUGCGAAAGUACAGGAACCGGUGGACCUGAUUGGAUCGGAGGAUGCUUUGGAAGACAAUCAGAUCUCCCAACGUGCCCCGUCACUCCCGUAUACGACCCGACACAUUCUGACGUUGACAUGCAUUCUGGCCCUCCUAUCGGCACCAUCAUUUUUCAUCCCAAACUUACCUGUUUCUACGAUAUCGACCAACGCAGUUACCAGCCUGAAAGUUGGAUGCGCGUUGCCCGACCCUCGGCAAUCCGGUCAUCAGAAGCAUGCGCCAACCUUGGACGACUUCAUCAGUGAGACGAAGACACUUCAGAGUAGCGCCGACAUUAUUCUCUGGCCUGAAGGAGCUGUAAAGUUUGAGACGACUAGUCAGAAGGAAACAACGUUCAAAGACAUCAGCGGUUGGUUACAGGAUAAACAUCUCGUUGGCGUCAGUUUCGAAGAAUUUACGCUCAGCCCGCCUUCGGAUGGAUGGCGGUCAUCUGGGAUGAGGAGAAAUGGGUUUGCGCUCCUCAGCAAAGAAGGUUCAGUUUUGGAGUACUACAAGCGGAAGCUAGUUCCAAUUGCAGAAUCGUUCUCGUUGACGCCUUCGUCUGACCCACCGGCUAUUUUCGAAUGGGAGUUAGCAUACCCUAAUAACUGGAGCAAAACGAAAUGGGGACUGAAUGGUACUCGGUCCAUUCCCAUUACAGCAUCUAUUUGUCUGGAUUUCUCUUCGGCGUCAUCAUUUGAGGCUUUGGCAUCGCGCCCUGCCCUCGUCCUCGCACCUGCACGGACAUGGCAUACCGGCGUUGGGUAUGCCAUGUGGGAACAGGCGAGGGCGCGUGCAGAAGAGCUGGGUAGCAUGGUUCUCUGGUGCGACGGUGGCGACGGUGGCGUCAGCGGCAUCGCUGGCGGUGGGCUGCAGGAAAUCGUCCAGGUCGGCCAAGGAUCUUGGAGUAGGCGGAUUGGAGUGCAGUAUCCGUUCGACCAAGGCCGCACACUCUUCUCGCGUGGAGGAGGUUUUGCGGCGUUGGUGACGGCAUGGGGCAUUGUGGGAGUUGGCUCAGUCCUCGAUGUGAUCCUACUCAAACUCCGGGCUGGUGGCAGAGACCACCAAAUCGGACGAGCAUGGGUGCUCAGGAGGAUCAAUGGCAUCGGGGAGACUUCUCCACCGUCGACCUCCUCCACACAGGUCGCUUGCAAGACCUCCCUUCCUGGCUCGCUGCGUGCCUCGGCAAAGCUCUUUGCUAGCUCAUCGAGCUCUUCUCUUUCUCCCUAUCCAGGUCAAUCCGCCUCAAGAAAGGCCCUCGUCCCCGUUCCAGAGGAACACCUCGCCCUUUCCGAUCCGUGGGCAGACGAUUUCGAGCAGAUCUCCUACGACGAGCUGCGCGCUUCCCUCCUUCUUUGCGACGCCUCUGCCUUGUAUCCCGGCAUCGAUAGUCAAACGCCUCCCAGCCCAUCGCUUCUGAACCGAUCGCGCUCGUCGUUUGCACGUCUCAGAAAGCUUUCACGCCUUUCCCUCAAGAAAUCGCGCCAGUCAUUCGAGAGGUCGCCCGAAGCAGACAGCUCGCUGACCCAGACACACACUCCGGCGCCGGAUCAAUUCGCUCUUGUACUCACUCCGCACCCAACAUCUCCAGCCCGAUAUUCAAGCUCGAGCCAUCCGAAGUCGCCUUCUCGCACUUCUCCGGUCGAGGACUCGUUCUCUGCCUUCUACGAUAGUGAUCCGUUUCGCAAGGUCGAAUCCCCCACCGAGUUCGACGUCCCUGAGUUUCGGACGUCAUUCCAGGCUGCAGGAGAACGUCUUGCCGCUGAUCCAGAACCUCAUCCGCCGCCUUCACCUCGACCUCGUGUUGUCGUCCCUUCAUCUACCGGGCUUGAUUCCAGCAGCACUCGCACGACAUCGCACAAGCCUUUGAAGCGCCUGAAAUCGUUUGCAAAGUUACAUCUUCUUCCUUCUUCCCGGAAAACCACAUCAGAGGCUCAAUCAGUCUCUGCUGACGAAACCCCUGAGGACUCACCAGCUCGUCUCCCGACCGUCGAACGGCUGUUUCCUGUAGACGACGACUUAUUGCCCGAGCUCUCCUUCGAUCGGCUUGACUUUUCGACUGUCUUCGACGAGAACUCAACUCGGCUUUCUACAUCAACGCGUAAGAAUCUUCCUUCUCUGCCCGAGGCUGUUGAGACAUCCGACCCCGAUCUUGCGAACUAUCUCUCCAAUUUACAAGUAUUCCGCUAUCAACGAGUCGAUCCUCGUGACUUGACAGCGUCUGCACGGACAUCCACUGUAAUUGGUUUCUCUCCUACAGCUACGCCCCUUCCUCCUCCUUCGCCGUCUUGGUUAUCUCGCAACGUUAAAGACCUCGAGUUUUACGCUGAGGAGACACCUCUUCCGAUCCCCCCACCUUCACCACCACCGCUGCCCAUUCUUCCAAGAUCACUCCUCCCAGUUCCUUCCAGACUUGACACAGAAUCUUAUCUGUGUACUGACCCUUGGGACGUACCAGAGAGCCCACGUUCGACAGCCUCGUCUGUGACGCUGUAUUCUCCUUCCUGUCCUGCAUCACCUGUCGAAUCUUCCCCCUGCUCUCGCCUUCGCCCACCCUCUCUAAACCGUCUGUCCGUGAUCCACUAUCGCCGGUCUCUUGUUGACAGACACAGUAACGUCCGCUCGAUUAUCGAAUACGGUUCUAUUGCAUACGCGCAGUACCAAGUUCCUAGCACCCCUGAACCUUCAAGGCGAUCGUCUCUUAACUUUCUACUACUUUCACCGGGACCCCAGGAACUCACACUUCCUCCACUUGCGCUCUUCGAUUCUGACCAUCCCCCACCUUCUCCUUCUGAUAACUCCAACCUCCCUUCUCCAUCCCGUCUUUCAAGCACCGCCACUUACCGCAUAUUCCUCCCAUCUCGGCAAGCUUCACUCGACUGCGAGCCUGACCAUCUGCCUAUCCCCGAUCAUCUCCUUGCCAUUGCAAAGCGCAUAUCACAAGACUCCCAAGCCCUUACUAAUAUGUCCAUGAACGCGCUGAACAAGUCUGCGCCGACGGUCGAUUGGGGCGAUGAAGUCGACUACUCAGGCUAUGAGUGGUUCAAGGAUCCGCCCCAAAAGCCAGAACCCGUCCCGCCCUCAGUCAUGGAGAACUAUGUGCCUCCGCCCGCCGUCGUCGAACAGAAUGAAAUGUUCGACUUUGCGCUCAAGAGCGCCCCAAACGUGCUGUACGCUCGGUACAAGCAGUACGGACAGCUCGGAGUGCUCGCCUGGUGUUCCGAGUUUAGUGAACUGAUUGACGCGCUCAAGACGCUCGGCUUUGACGGAAACAUGUUUGUGUCAACACGGACGCAGGCCUUGCGAGCGUGUGAGGACAUCCUCAAACUUAAGCUCAAGAUUGAAAUGCAGAUUAUUGUCAUGUAUCUGUCGUCGCAAAUACAGCGGCUACGGCGGUUCUUGGAUGGAGACGGCCAUUGGGACGAUUAUCCCGAACUGAAUUUCCCGCUGGACCCUCGUGCAUACUAG